AGAGAGGGGGUCCUCGGGCACGAUUUGCGCAGCCAUGUCCAUUGUGUAAUUUCAGAACUCAGUUUUUUUGUUUUGUGCUUAUGUAUUUUCAAGCAUGAGCUGCUGGGUUAGCCAGCUGCUUAAAAUAUUGUAUUAAUAGCUUGCUAAAUCACAAAGUAAGGUGUAUUGUAGCUAGAUGACACCACGUAGCCAUCGAUAGCAUGCAACAAAAGGCUGAUUUUGCUGGGGGGCAAUGAGGAGAUUCGGGAUGGAGAUGCAGGUGGGAAAACGGUGCAUCCUUUUUACUUCAUGCUAUUUUGGCUGAGCUAUGUCAAGCACCGGGAAACGGACUCCAACAACUCAGAAGAGCCUUAAACCUGUGCCAGAACCGUGAAAUCUGAUGUUCCAAAAUGCCUCAGAAACUCCUCAAGUUACUCCUGGGAAGUUACCAGUGGCUGGCCAGUUACUGGCCCGUCCUUAUGCCGAGGGGAAUCCGUCUGUACACAUUUGAACAGAUCCCGUUAUUCAUGAAGGAAAACCCAUACAUUACAGAUGGAUACAGAGCCCGCUUACAAUCCAAACUUUGUUUAAAAAGCAUCUUUGUGCUGUCCAAUGAAACAGUCAACAUAUGGACUCAUCUGUUGGGUUUCCUCCUGUUCUUCCUACUGGGGGUGAAUGACAUGUCUACAGUCCUGCCGGCUUCAGGUGCCAACAGAGAAGACUAUGUCAUCUACUGCAUAGCACUCUUCUGCUUUCAGGUGUGUAUGCUGUGUUCUGCAGGGUAUCACAUGUUCUCCUGCCACCUCUCAGAGAAGACGUGUCACCGCUGGUUGGCGCUGGACUUCGUUGGAAUCUCUGUGGGAAUCCUGGGCUGUUACAUUCCAGGGGUCUUCUAUGCUUUCUACUGCAUCACUUUCUGGAGACAGGUGUAUCUGGUGACUGCUCUAGCGUUGAUAUUGGCCGUGUUCUUAGCUCAGAUCCACCCUCACUACCACUCUAAGGAGUGGCGACACCAGCGUACUGCCAUCUUCUGCUCCGUGGCUGGCUACGGGAUCAUCCCCGCCGGCCACUGGGUCUGGCUCAAUGAAGGCCUCGGCUCAGCUGUCGUCCAGUUGUUCCUCCCUCGUGUGAUUGUGAUGUAUUUGAUAGCUGGAGCUGCGUUCCUCUUUUACAUCUCUAAAAUCCCAGAACGCUGCUUCCCAGGUCAACUGAACUAUCUGGGUGCCAGCCACCAGGUGUGGCAUGUCCUUGUGGUGUUUUUGCUCUACUGGUGGCACCAGACUGCAGUGUAUAUAAUGAAAUUCAGGCACAGCCAGCCCUGCCCUCCUUUCUACACCCAGCCUGGUCUCAUAGACUAGACGUAACAUAGUAAAAGUUAAUCCGGGACACUCAAAUUAGUAUGAUAUGUUACGUUUGGUAUGGGUGGUUGGUCAAGGUGGAUGGGUGGGCGUAUAACAUGAAUGUCUAGCUAUCCAAAAGGUUGUGUGUUCAAAUCUCGUCACGGACAACUUUAGCAACUUUUCAACUACUUACAACUUUUUAGCUACUUUGAAACUACUUAGCAUGUUAGCUAACCCUUCCCCUAACUCUUUUAGCAAGCUCUUCCCCUAAUUUUAACCCUUUAACCUAACGCCGAACCUUAACCCGUAACCCUAAACUAGCUAACAUUAGCCAGCUAGCUAAUGUUAGGUACAACGAAUUGGUAUUCGUAACAUAUCAUACGUUUUGCAAAUUCGUAACAUAUUGUACAUUUACAGAUUCAUAACAAAUUGUACAUUUAGCAAAUUCUUAACAUAUCAUCCAAAUUGUAAUUCAUAACUUAUCAUACGAAGUGGAUGAUGACAUCAACAAAUUAAUACAUACAAUACGAAACGUAACAUAUCAUACUAAAUGAAGUGUCUCAGAAUUACGUACAGAAUAAUACAAAAUGCUGAGAGACCAGAUUGCUACACAAGCAGUGACUAGAGCCUCAAGCUGGCCCAGCCACCAACUGAGCAACAACCGCCUGUACUGUAGCCACUCGAUGCAAUUAAAAAAGACUACAGACCUCUAGAAUUCUAUCAUACAGAUGCCCAGUCAAGCAGACAAGAGCAUAGCCUCCCUACCAGAACAACUAUAACCACACCGUUAGACCUUGCAGAUGUCUGUAGAAAGAGCGAACGAGUAAAAGAGUGGAACCAUCUCCCUGGUUUUAAGGAUUGCGAUUGGUGGUAUGCAAUCGUAUCUGCUUUGUGCUGAGACUUCUGUAAGGCCAGGUUAUAAGAAGGAAAGACAUGUCAGUCAUAGCCUGGUCGCAGGUCUGGGAAGUAAGAUGGCACAAACAGACCUGGGACCAGUCUUGGUGAAGUCACUAGGACACACAGUACAGCUUCAACUGAACAUGUUCUGUGAAUCUCCAAUUAUAUUUUCAUAUUCAGGAUUGUUUUUUUAACCUGAUUUGUAUCUAUUAAUUUGCAUGUAAGCUACUGUUUGAAUGUUACAUGCUGUGAAAUGGUACUUCUUGAAAUGCUUUCUUGAGCACAUGGGACUUUACAAGGGUUAUGUACAAUCAAGAAUAUAUAUCCUUUGGAAACCGAACAUAGAGCCUAUGUUCAGUUAUUUUUGCCUGCAUAGUUAUCUUACUGUAUUUCAUUAAUGGUGGGGCUGAAUAGUUAUCUUACUGUUUUUCACUAAUGGUUGGGCUGAGUAGUUAUCUUACUGUAUUUCAUUAAUGGUGGGGCUGAGUAGUUAUCUUACUGUAUUUCAUUAAUGGUGGGGCUGAGUAGUUAUCUUACUGUAUUUCAUUAAUGGUGGGGUUGAGUAGUUAUCUUACUGUAUUUCAUUAAUGGUGGGGUUGAGUAGUUAUCUUACUGUAUUUCAUUAAUGGUGGGGCUGAGUAGUUAUCUUACUGUAUUUCAUUAAUGGUGGGGCUGAGUAGUUAUCUUACUGUAUUUCAUUAAUGGUGGGGCUGAGUAGUUAUCUUACUGUAUUUCAUUAAUGGUGGGGUUGAGUAGUUAUCUUACUGUAUUUCAUUAAUGGUGGGGCUGAGUAGUUAUCUUACUGUAUUUCAUUAAUGGUGGGGCUGAGUAGUUAUCUUACUGUAUUUCAUUAAUGGUGGGGCUGAGUAGUUAUCUUACUGUAUUUCAUUAAUGGUGGGGUUACUUUUAGUAUUAGUGGUCAACUGACCCCCUUCCUCUCACAAUCCACUUGAAUCUAAGGGCUGAUUCAGGAACUGUUUAGAGAGUUGGUUACAUUUAAACAUAAACCCAAUGAAAUAGAUUGGAAGGAAAUGACCCUUGCUUUAAUUUGUUUGUUAAUAGACUAUUUAUGAAUCCGUCCCUCUAGUCACUUACUAUAUAACCUAACGUAGCGACGUAACAUAGCGACGUAAAAGAAACACUUGAGUAGGAUACCCCACAUUCUGGUCCUGAUGAGAAUUAUUUUUUUAAUUUGUGGGAGGUUCUCUUGUGCACUGUUCAACCAAUCCAGUAAAUGUGAAGGAGGAGUUAAGAUGGAGCGUCGCCUUUUUAAGUGUCCAAAAUCUGAAGUGCGUCACAGGCUCUUCCAUUUCCACUGAAAACUGGUUGCACCCAGUUUUUAAACCCCGCUGAUGGUGCUUACUAUAUAGUACAGGGGUGUGUGAACAACUGCAUAAGAACAAAUACUUUAGAGGCCAGUAUUAUCUAUUGUAUGACUAAUACUGUACGGUUUUACAAUCACAUUACUGACAGGUCUAUCUAUGCACAAUAUGGUGUCCUGUAGAUCACAGGUGGCUGGUGGCACCUUAAUUGGGGGGGGGGGACGAGCUUAUAGUAAUGACUGGAAUUGAUUUGAUGGAAUGACACAAGUGUUUUAAUACCAUUGUUAUGAGCCGUCCUCCCCUCACCAGCCUCCUGUAUUGUAGAUCUCCUACUGUGUAGCUAAUACCCAUAGAGGUCAUUCGACCUUGUCAGAUAAUGAUGCUCAGAACAUAUCACAGCCGUUAAAGGCCCACUGUGACAUUCACAGCCUGUAAUGACUGUUCAUUAGCCUUGUUUGUAAAUUAGCUUUUGUUUCAAGUAUGCCUUUAAUUAUUUCACUGUAUUUUACAUGGUUGCUAUAAUGUCGGUCUUUGGUUGUCCAACAUUUGUUUUUCCAUUCAUUUAGGCAUUAUUGAUGGACUUACUUUUGAAUGCUGGAAUGCACUGACUAAAGGGGCACAUUAUUUUAAUCUAUCUGUAAUAUGACAUGUCUCGAGUAUUAUAAAUGAAUAAAGAAUGCCUAAAAGGAA